UCCCCGUUGUCGCAGAAUUAUGACGUCACAGGCAAACACACAUGUGGUUCUUGGGUUCGUGUCCACUACAGCUGCUGUGCAGAACAGUCGCUCCCUCUAAACUCACCGGGAUUUUACAUUUGUAAGUUUUGUUCCCGGCCAAAAUCAACCAUGUCUUCGAGCUGUAGAAGACCAGAGCAUAUGGCCCCUCCGGAGGUGUUCUACAAUGAAGAAGAGGCCAAGAAAUAUUCACAAAACUCUCGUAUCAUCGAGAUCCAGAGUCAGAUGUCGGAGCGCGCUGUGGAGCUCCUGAGCCUUCCGCAAGACCAGCCGUGUUUCCUGCUGGAUGUGGGGUGUGGCUCUGGAUUGAGUGGAGAUUACCUGACGGAGGAGGGACAUUACUGGGUCGGUGUGGACAUCAGUCCGGCCAUGUUGGACGUGGCUCUGGAGCGUGAGGUGGAGGGUGGCCUGGUCUUGGCUGAUAUGGGGGAGGGCGUUCCCUUCAGGCCUGGCACGUUCGACGGCUGCAUCAGCAUCUCUGCUCUUCAGUGGCUGUGUAAUGCAGACAAGAGGAGCCACAGUCCCCCCAAACGCCUCUACGCCUUCUUCAGCUCCCUCUACUCCUGCCUGACCAGAGGCGCACGUGCAGUCUUCCAGAUCUACCCAGAGAACUCUGAACAGCUGGAGCUGAUCACUGGCCAGGCGAUGAGGGCGGGCUUCACAGGGGGUGUGGUGGUGGAUUACCCCAACAGCACCAAGGCAAAGAAGUUCUUUCUGUGCCUGUUUGCUGGAGUGAGUGGGAUGUUGCCCAAGGGUCUCGGAUCAGAGACGGUGGAGAGAGGAGUGUCCUCUCAGGCUCAGUUUACAACGCAGAGGUCCCGCUUUAAGAGCAUGAGGGGGAGGAGUGUGAAGAAGAGCAAAGACUGGAUCGUGGAGAAGAAGGAGAGACGCAGGAGGCAGGGCCGGGAAGUGCGUGCUGACACCAAGUACACGGGUCGGCACCGGAGACCUCACUUCUGAGAUGACCGGAACUGGACCGGACUGGGCCGACGGGGCAUGAUGGACAUGUGGCUCCGCCCCCCACACCCGUGACUCCGCCUCCUGGCCUUUCACCUGUGGCUGGACUCUCUCCAGCUCGUCUCUCCGGCUCGUCCACUCUGAGUGCAGCGUCCAGCUGCUGUGCUGCGGGAGCCUGAUGGACAGAUGGAUGGAUGAUGGAGAGGCGAGGACGUCCUCCUAACCCGAUGGCUCUGGUCCUCCGACGGCUCUGGUCCUCCGAUGGUUCUGGUCUCUUUUAAUGUUUGUAAAUAGUCUGAUGUUGGAUGACAAAUCUAUGACAUAAAAUUGUUUCCCAACAA